UCACAAAAUUGGGUGGAGCAGGGUUUUGGUAUUCUCAUAAGCCUCUCUUCUCUUCUUGCUCCUAUUGCUAUCCGUUAUACACACACACUCUCUCUCAUGUUAAACCUCAACGAACCCAGCUCCAUCUGAACGCCUUUUGCCCCUUUCAUUUUCUUACACCUUUCACUGGUAACCAUAAACAGGUAGGUCAUAUUGCCUGAGGAUUUUAGUAACAAUGACUGUGUCUGGGUUGAGUAGCUGUCCCUCAAGAUGUCCCCAGCUACCUUUUAGUCACCUGGGAUCACGCCAUGUCAGGGUUAUGGCUUUCUCUGUGGCUGGGAGAUCUAAACAAGGAAGAGAGUUUCUCCAGGUGGAAAGAACACGUUUUUUUUCUCCUAUAUUAAAAGGCAAUAGACGACAAGUUCAGUUGGUCAGAAGUGCCAUGGAUGCUUCAUAUGGUGAUAUGGCUAAUGAUUCUGCUGCUGUUUUUCCAAGAAUUAAUGUGAAGGACCCAUAUAAACGACUUGGAAUAAGCAGGGAAGCUUCUGAAGAUGAGAUUCAAGGAGCAAGGAAUUUCCUGAUUCAAAAAUAUGCGGGACACAAGCCAAGUGUAGAUGCUAUUGAAUCAGCGCAUGACAAAAUAAUCAUGCAGAAGUUCUAUGAACGGAAAAACCCAAAAAUUGACAUUAAGAAGAAAAUGAGGGAAGUUAAUCAAUCCCGAUUUGUUCAAGCAGUCAGAGGCAGAUUUCAAACUCCAUCCACAAAAUUCAUUAUAAAAACAUCACUAACGUUCUUGGUACUUGGAGUUUUAACUGUCCUCUUUCCAACUGAGGAAGGACCAACUCUUCAGGUGGCAAUAUCUCUGAUCGCUACAAUGUACUUUAUACAUGAGCGGCUAAAGAGCAAGAUUCGAACUGUACUAUAUGGGUUUGGAGGCUUUGCUAUUUCGUGGCUGUUGGGAACCUUCUUGAUGGUGUCAGUAAUUCCUCCUAUCACCAUACUUAAGGGACCAAGGGCAUUUGAAGUGAUCUCAUCAUUGAUUACAUAUGUUUUAUUAUGGGUUUCAUCGACCUAUCUUAGGUGAAGAGGGUUUUAAAGCAGAAGACCAGUUUUUGCAGUUGAAGUUCACAAAAUAUUAUCGCUUACCUUAUUCAGUGUUCGAAUUAUAGCUCAGAAAAAAAAAUGAAAUACCUUAUUUGUUGGUAAGCAGUUGUUUCACUUUCUAGAUUCAAUAUUUGAAUGAGCAAAGGAACUUAAGUUCUUUUAGAAGGGGAAAUGAGUGAGUUUUGUUCAGUAUGGAUAUUUUUAGCUUUCAAAUUGACAUAUCUCUUUCAAAGGGAAUUUUGUCUCCUUGAACGAGUCUAUCUAACGUGAUUCGAAUUACUAGAGAUCUAAUGUAA